CCCCGCGUGUGUUUCUAAUCACGCCCAUCCUCUCACGAGCCCCGUUUACGUCCACACAGAACUCAUUCCGAGCGCAUUCUUUUCUUUGAGGACUUCUUCGCUUGCUUGCACCGAGAGCACAAGAAAUCUAUGAAAGAUAGUCAUAAUGCCAGAGGCCAGAGGACGAGACGCUGCGACCGAGCCUGUCGAGGAUCCCCAGAUAUGGAGUGAGAAGAACGAAGGAACAACGCCAGAGAAGAGAGAGAAGUGGGCCAACAAGACAGAGUUUCUUCUGUCCAUGACUGGUGAAAUUAUUGGCCUGGGCAACGUUUGGCGCUUUCCUUAUCUCUGCUACAAGAAUGGGGGAGGGGUAUUCUUCAUCCCUUAUUUUGUCUUCCUCGUCUUCUGUGGCAUCCCUAUCUUUUUCCUGGAGACUGCACUGGGUCAGUACUCCAGUGAAGGAGGGAUCACAGCCUGGAGGAAGAUAUGUCCUAUGUUUGAAGGAGUUGGUAUUGCAUCUCAAGUUAUUGUGAUCUACCUGAACAUCUACUACAUUGUGGUCCUUGCCUGGGCAGCUUUCUACCUCUUCAGCUGUUUCCAGAGCGCAUUGCCUUGGCUCUCCUGUAACAACGAAUGGAACACACCAUAUUGUCACAAUCAUAACACAAGCUUGCUGAACUCUGGCCAGAAUGGGACAGAUGCUGACUUGUCCUUCCUGCACAAUGGAACAAAAAACUACAGUGUCAAUUUCACCGACAAGGUUGUCUCUCCAGAGGAGGAAUACUGGCUUUAUCGUGUGCAGAGGAUUUCCAGUGAUGAUUUCCUGGGCCCACCACACUAUGACCUGACACUCUGUCUUUUGCUUGUCUGGAUUAUCUGUUACUUUUGCAUUUGGAAAGGAGUCAAGACCACAGGCAAGGUGGUCUACUUCACAGCCACGUUCCCAUACAUCAUGCUGCUGAUUCUGUUUUUCCGAGGAGUCACUCUGCCUGGUGCUGGAGCAGGAAUCAGCUACUACCUCUACCCUGAUAUCUCCAAACUCUACAAUCCUGAGGUUUGGCGUGAUGCAGGGACCCAAGUGUUUUUUUCCUAUGCUGUGUGUCAAGGAGCCCUAACUGCUUUGGGAAGCUAUAAUAAAUACCACAAUAACUGCUACAAAGAUUGCAUCGCUCUUUGUGCCCUGAACAGUGGCACCAGCAUCUUUGCAGGUUUUGCUGUGUUCUCUAUCCUGGGCUACAUGGCUCACGAGCUGUCCUUGCCUAUGGAGGAUAUAGUGCAAUCAGGUCCAGGCCUGGCUUUUAUAGCAUACCCCAAAGCCCUAUCUCUACUCCCAGGCCCUCAGUUCUGGUCUGUUCUGUUCUUCAUGAUGGUUCUCUUGCUUGGACUAGACAGUCAGUUUGUGUGUGUGGAGAGUCUUGCCACAGCACUCACCGAUGUUUUCCCUGGAAUUCUGAGGAAGCCAAAGCGCAGAGAGAUUCUGGUGUUGCUCAUUGCCGUGGUCUGCUUCCUGCUGGGCCUUCCUCUAGUCACUCGGGGUGGGCUCCACCUUUUUAAGCUGAUAGAUACGUACGGUCCCAGUGGAACAAACCUGCUCCUCAUUGCCUGCUUUGAGACUGUGGUCAUUGCCUGGGUGUAUGGUGCAGACCGUUUCUUUGAGAACAUCGAGGACAUGAUAGGAUAUCCUCCCUUGUCUGUACUGAAGUACUGCUGGCUUUUCAUUACCCCGUUGAUCUGUGGAGCCACUCUUUUGUAUGAUCUGAUCAGCAUUACACCCCCCAGUGAUUCAACAGACUUCAUACCCAGCUGGAGUUCCUCAAUCGCUGCCCUGCUCACUCUCACGCCGAUGAUCUGUAUCCCCAUCUUCAUUCUGGUCCACAUCUUGAGGGGCCGUGACCUGAUUGUACCCUCUGCUGACCUGCGACAGCGUAGCCCAAACAAGCCUCGGCUAACUCUGUGUAAGCGUGUCAUCAUUGAAUCACAAAAGCUAGAGGGAGACAAAAGUGCAGAGGAAAAAAAUCUGAAGGAGGACACCACUGACAUGUGAAGUGUAGAGUGUCAUCAGCACAGAGUAUUUGAGCUCGUGCUGUCUGGAUGGAUACAGAAACUCUUUGCUAGAUAAUGAAACCUCAAGUGAAAUAAGCCUCAGCUACAGUCCACAAUCUCAAGAAACUGAUGCUGAUUUAUUGACUAAGAUUCUGGAUAUUUUUCACCCUUUCCUCAAAAAAAAAACAACAACAAUAUAAGCUCACUGGUAAAGCUUGAUUGAAGGUGGUCUGAUAUUUCUACUGCAAGCACUGCUGAUGUAGCUGUCCAUAAUACAGGUAUCUUAGUGUUAAUUUUUUUCUAAUGGGACCUCUCAGUAUAGAUUAUGACUGAGCCAUGAUUGAGUGUUGUCAAUUAAGUGUAGAUUUAUAUGGAUUUUAUAUGCUUUUUUUGUAAAAAAAAAAAAAAAAAAAUGCAACAUUUAUUCAAAUAUAAAUUUGUAUCCAUGUUGACAAAUGUAACCCGACUUAGUAAUAGCCAUCCAAAACUGGUGUUUUUAUAUUUUUGCUCCAUUAUUUCAGUUACUUGUAAGCAGCACCACUGUAUGACAAUACAGGAAAAACUCUAAUUAUAGUAUUUUGAGUGUAGAUUUUUGUACGUCAAAUAUUUGGCUUUAUUUGUAAACCUGUAUUUGAAUACAAUCAAACAAUCCAGCUACUUCUAAUACCAAAAAAUGACCACUAUUAUGUUGGGUAUUUCUUGUUUUCCUUGUGGUAUUUUUAGAUUUGAUACCUGUUUUUAUUAUGUGUUCUAUUUCUGGUGUAUGUAUGAGUUAUAAGAUAUGCAGGUAGGCUGUGCUAAAUUCCCCAUAAGUGUGAAUAAGCUUGUGUGUGUGUGUGUGUGUGUGUGUGUGUGUGUGUGUGUGUGUGUGUGUGUGUGUGUGUGUGUGUGUGUGUGUGUGGUGCUCUGUGAUGGACUGGUGUCACACUAGGCAUGAAUUACAGUAUGGGAUUGGCUCCAUAUCCACUGCUACCCUUGCAAAGAUAAAGUGGUUACUGAAGAUGAACGAAUGAAUGAUUAAAUGAAUCUAUAAUUUAGUUUCUUAAUUUGGCACAUGCAUCCUCUUUAAUUAAUAAAGAAGUCUCUUUAAUCUAAAAUUUCUUACAUGUAAACAAGUUCAGCAGGUUUGAAAAUCAGGAUUCUUAAUAAAAAAUACACAGUUAAAUAUUUUAGGACAUUUUUGGACAUUUAACCAACUUUUGUCAGAUUUGGUAACAAAGUUGUUUCUGGUUUUAGUUUCAUACCUCUAAAUAAAUAAUUUCUUUAAAAAACA